AUGUCUCUUUUUAAUAAUAUAGGUACCGGGUCAAGUGGUUUGUUUGGAAACAGUGGGAAUUUGAAUAUAAAUACAGGAAUAACUCAGGGAUUGGGCAUUGGGAACACAACUGUAUCACCUUUGGGAACCUCAUCUCUAGGGUCUCAAACAAACAUAAAUAAUAAUAAUAUUAAUCAGAUACCUUCCUUGAAUACUCUUCCUGUGCAACAGAGACAAGAAUUAGAACGUUUUGAGAAACGUAAAAUAUCUCUUCAGGAUGGUACAAGCCUAAUGAGCCCAAAUAUGAUAGCCCUAACUUAUCAACUAGAUAGUAAAGCAGCUGAGAAGCAACAGGAAGUUGAUAAUUACAUCUAUUAUAAUAUGAAUGAUGAACAGAUUAUUAAAGAGUUAAAUAUAACUAAAGAACGAAAUCCAGAUCCUAAUAAAUGCUAUACACUACCUCUAAAAGGAUUUGGUGAACUAGUCAUGCGUGAACAACAACAAAGAAAUGAGUUAGAAAAUUUGCUUAACGACAUGAAGGCAGUCAAAGAAGAAAAUUUAAAACUUUUAGAAAUGUUAAAUAAUAAGACUUUGAUACGUAUUGAAGAAUGUAAGAAGAGACAUCAACAUAUAAUUCAUCAAUUAGUUCAUAUUUCAUGUAUGUUAGAGGAGUAUGGUGAGAAACAUAAUUUAGCUCAGAUUAAUCAUCACUUAGAUAAUCAAUUGAAUCAAACAUUACAUAGGAUUCAAGAAAAUCAAAUGAGGUUAGGAGUAUGGCAAAGCAUUAUGAAUCAGAUUAACACAGAUAUAAAGUGUAUUGAAGAUACAUUACAAGAUGAUAAUCAAGUCUCUAAUAAUAGCCUAUGUGAAUCAAUUGAUUUAGAAACCAUUUUAGAGACUUUAGAUAAUCAACAGUCGCUAUUAGAGAAUUUAGAUAAAGUAUUAAGGCAGGACGUCCAUACCAUAACCCAAUUGACCUCUAGAGCUUGA